GCAGAGGCAGCGGAGAAUCACAGCAGCACAAACCCACUGCGCUCAUGGCAUCAAGGAGAAUGGAGACCAAACCAGUCAUAACCUGCCUCAAAACGCUCCUCAUCGUCUAUUCCUUCGUGUUUUGGAUCACGGGGGCGGUUCUGCUGGCAGUGGGAUUAUGGGGGAAGUUCAUUUUGGGUCCGUACAUCUCUCUGAUCGCUGAAAACUCCACCAAUGCUCCCUUCGUGCUCAUCGGGACCGGGACUACGAUCAUCGUGUUCGGGCUGUUCGGAUGCUUCGCCACGUGCCGCGGGAGUCCAUGGAUGCUCAAACUGUACGCCAUGUUCCUGUCUCUGGUUUUCCUGGCAGAGCUGGUCGCUGGCAUCUCGGGCUUUGUUUUCCGUCAUGAGAUCAAAGGCACCUUCUUGAGGACGUACAACGAAGCUGUUCAGAACUAUAACACCCGGGAUGAGAGAAGCAUUGCGGUGGACAAAGUCCAGAGGAGUUUGCGUUGUUGCGGUGUUCUGAACUACACCAGCUGGUUCUCCAGUGUUUAUUACCCCGCGAAUGGACUUCCUCCGAGCUGCUGCGCUAACAUCUCCGACUGCAACGCCUCAGACCUGAGAAACGCCACCAUAGCGCCCACCAAAGUCUAUCAGCAGGGCUGCUACGAGCUAGUGACGACCUUUAUUGAGACUAACAUGGGCAUUAUCGCUGGAGUAACAUUUGGAAUUGCAUUCUCGCAGCUGAUCGGGAUGCUGUUGGCCUGCUGUCUGUCACGAUUCAUCACUGCCAAUCAGUACGAGAUGGUGUAGCGGCGUGUGCACAGGCGCCGAAGACUUAUGACACCUUGGAAAGGGAAAGCAACCCGAAAAAUGCUAGCACACUCCAUUCUUUCUCAUCUGUUUUAUAUUCUCUCUCUGCUUUUAUCUUUCAUUCUGUCUUUCCUGCCUUCUUUUUCCUCCCUUCCGUCAUUCCUUAACUGCAGUUGUGCCAUGAUGACCAAAGCCUCUCCCUUGGAAACGUCAACGUUAGCAAGGAAAAGGAAAUGGUUUUAAGACGCGCUCCUGUAUUUUACUUUACUGUACAAAAACCUUGCAUGCGAAAACCAUCACACACUACAACUACUUCUGUAACACCACGUCCUAACCUCUCGCAAUCGAUAUCUCAAUCCCUCUCUGGCUGUGUUUCAAAUAUGUUCAGAUUAGCUGUGAUUUUGUCAAUUUGCACAGAAUUUUCUAUUUCAGACAGAGAAAAACGCGACUUAAGUGAUUUGUUAGUUAUUUAUCAAAUUUUUUUCUUAGCUAUAUUCCAUUUUGCUUAGUUUGCACUUGGUAGCUCCGCCCACAGUGAAAUCUCAUUGGUCCAGAUAGCUGUGUAUGUUCUGAUUGGCUAUUUUGUGGCUUUGCGCAGUAUUUUUACUCAGUGUUGGCAUAGCAAUUACUUUCCAUUCAAAACUUUGCACACUUGGCUAGGGCAUGGUGUUACUUGACCCCUAAAAAGUGACUUCAAUGCAGAUUUGUUAGUUACGUACUGUUUAAGGAGGAAAAACUUUUAAAAAAGAAAAAAAUUAUUGUUGUUGUUGCUGUUGUAAAAUCUUUGGCAAAGGGGUUUAUCUCAUAAAUUGCUUCUUUUUUUUGUCUUUUAUGAUUUGGAUUAAUUAUUUUUUGCUCCACUUCUCAACGCCAGGUUGAAAGUGACUCGACAUAAUCAUGUACAGUCAAUUUUGUCUUGUUGUGAAAGCCAAAAACAAGCAAUUUUCUGCCACAUCCAGUUCAAACUGGAGUGUGAACAUCACAACUAGUGGUUUUACAAGCAGAUAUUUCAGAGUAGUAACUAAACACUCAAAUUCCACCGUUUAUGGAUUGUAGUUACAGUUUUACACCAUAUCUACCUUGUGACACACUGUUUGAUUUAUUUUGUGGUGUUUUUCUGUAAGAAUGUAAUCACACAGAGCGUCUCUUUCAGCAUUGAGGAUGUUCUUGCUUUGAAGCUCAGAGAAUUUUCAGUUAUUUUCAAGUAAUAUUUGCAUGAGAAAUAUGAAAGAAUUUUGGAAUGACAAAUUAUAUUUCUAAGGAUGCUAUAUUGUUUGAAAACAAUUCAAAUGUUAUACUAUAUAUAUAUAUAUAUAUAUAUAUAUAUAUAUAUUACUCACUAUAAACAAUCACAACGAGAUGGAGCCCCUAGAAGGGACAUGGUGAUGGAUAUAUAUAUAUAUAUAUAUAUAAAUUGUUUAAUGCUUUUACGUUCACUCGCAAAACUUUUGAGAAAAUGCAAAAUCAUUGAAAUAUUUUUCCGCCACCAUGUCCCUUUAGGGGCUCCGUACAACCAGAUCACAGACAACUGGAAAAAAAGUACAAAGUAAAAGAAAAUGGUCACGGUAGAGUGAUUAUGCUGGCAGGAGAACAGCUCUUAAAAACAGAUGUCUAGUUACGCUGGAGAAAUUUGAUUUACAGCUCUAUCAAGAGGAAUAAAUGCAGAUUUUCUGGAGGUCUGAGUCAAAGGAAUUCCAGAAUCAUCACUAUCAUCAAAUGAGCCAGGCUUUAGUGACCUCUGUUGUUUAUUUAUUGUUUAUUUAUUUACAUUCGUGGUAGAAAUCGCUGCAGUCUUUGGCUUUCUUUAAUUUCGAAUCGUUCUGUGAAGUAUUCCAUAUUUACGCGUGUCAAUGUGCAUCUGUCAUUUUUUAUUUAAUUUUGUGUUGCUGUUUUGUAUGGUUUUCUCAUUGAUCAUUAAUUUUAUUAUCACACAGACUUAUAAAUAUUAUUAAUAUGUUAACAAUCAUUUCUGCAGCUGCCCCAUGUGUUGAUGGGUCAUUAAGUAUUAGAGUCCAGAAUUCAUAGUCUGAAAACACGUGAUGAACUACACACAUCUUCAAAUAGACGAGCGGAGUAAUACUAUAUACUUUGUAUAAUAAAAAUAAAACUUUUUAAAAUGCACCACCAGCUAGCAUGCCAACAAAAUGUACGUUGAUAUUGUAAACUACCGUGAUCUCUAUGAAUAAAAAUGGUUCUUCGUCGUUA